AUGCUGACUGUGAACGGCAUCCCAGAGGAUUAUCCGAAGAAAGUCGCAGUUGUAAUCAGUAACAAAGAUUUCAACGUCGUUGCCCGCGCCUUCAUAAUUCUUACAUAUCUUCUCAAUGACGACGAUGUACUACUCGCGGCAGAGAACACCAUACACUUAUGGUACUCUGCCUUCAUACCAAAAUCGUUAGACAACUGGAUUCGCGGGCCGCUACAUGACGAAAUUCGCGCCGAGUAUGGAUUCGAGGAUAACAUAGAGAGGCUCCUCGCGGAUAAAAUAAGUGACGUGUGUACACUAAGGAUGUACGGAGAGACAGCGGACGUUUCUAAGUCUAUUAGCCUUAAAUUACGUUAUACAGACUGGCGUAAACUACUAAGGUACCUAGAAAGGGAAUUAAACCGGGAAGAGGCCAAAUCUGCUCGGAACGCCGUAGUCUCUUGUGAAAGCAGGCUUGAUAGCAGAGAACGUUACUUAUUCAGACAGCCGCCUGCCGAGCGUCCUUGCCACGUCAGAUUCAGGGAGGAAGGAGUUUUGUUACCCAUGGGCCGGCCUUUGCAUGACAUGGUCGAGCCUAACGUCACCCUUUUCGACUUCUCUAGCGGCGUAGUUACAUGGCUUCUUGACGACACAAAAGGACCAGAGCGUGGUUGGUCUCGAUCCGAGUUCAAGAAGGCAUCCCCUGGCUAUACAAAGAACGAUAUAUACGGCAAGCUUUUCUAUUACCUGCGAAGCAUUAUCACUACUUUCCACGCCCGAAUGCGCACUCUUAAUAUCGAAUUCCGCGUAGAGCACGAUUCUCUUCACCGUUUAAAAGAGUGCUUUUUCGAUCGCAUCUUGCUUCCCGAAGAAGACACUCAUUCAUACGUUGUACCCCCUGGUAUCAAGGGGUGGCCCGGCCAUUUUCUCAAUCUUCUUAAUCCCAGUGCAACCAUCAUAGCGCCUUACAGGAUAUUUCCAUGCAGGACCGGAAAGAUGAAUACUCACGACAAUAGGCAUGAGUUUAUACAUAUAUUACUUAGACAUUUCAAACUUAAGAAUUUACCGAAAAACACAUUGCCGAUUCUUCGUACGGUGGAUCCCCUAGAGCUCCAGAUCAUCGAAAUGGCUCCGCCUUUCAAGGACAUCAAUGUCCUGUUUGAAAAGAAUCUGUGUGAGAGUCACUUCCGGGGGGCCUGGGAGGGAAGUAACAUUCUUAAAAAACGCGAAAACACCAUCGUUAAGCCGUGGCCUUACUUUCCAGGUGUAAAAUCCACCCCGGGGGCAGAAUCUACCGUCGAGGAUGAUCAAGACCUUUUUUGCGAGGACAGAUAUCCCGCGAUAUGUUAUACUGAGUGGGAUUAA